CUAUCGGCAUUGGGUAAGCUGACGGAAGGGGGUUCCGGCGCGGUGAAUACAUCCGCAGCCGGUGCAGCAAGUGCCAACCCUUCUGCUCUAAUGCAGAACGGGCACAGCGCUGCUGGCAAGGCACAGCUAGCUGCACUACUGCAUCAAGCCCCGAUUCAGGCGCAGAAUCUUGAAUCAAUCGCUCAGCUUCAACAAGCUCAACUGCAGCAAGCACAUUUUGCUCAAGCGCAAGCAGCGCAGCAGCAACAGUUUCUUGCCAUGCAAGUGCAGGCACAACAAGCUCAACCAACGGGAGAUUUAUCUGCUUAUGGGUAUGCGACUGGAGCUGUAUCAACCCCCACUAUGUCGGCCCCAUAUGCACAACUAGCUCCUAUUUACCAAAACACUCCUACAAAUGGUUAG